AUUGGUCAGCGCUUUGCUUGCAGUCGUACCUAUUGUUCGUGGCGGAGAUGUCCAGCUGAUGCUGCUUUGAUUUGAGGGGGAGAUGGACGAGGUCCGGGGGUUACAGGGUUACCCUCAGGGAGGAUCAGGAUGAGCGUGCCCGGGGACACCCUGGGGAACACGGGCAGCGCCUUACCAUGGGCAGUCAAGGAGACUGCAGUGUCAGGGUGGCACUGAGGAUCCGCCCUCAGAGCAGUAAAGAACAAGCAGAAGGAUGUCAUAUAUGUACCUGGGUUUAUCCUGGAGAACCCCAGGUACUUCUGGGUAAAGACAAGGCCUUCACGUAUGAUUAUGUGUUUGAUACGAAUACCGAACAAGUUAAAAUCUACGACACUUGUGUACGCGGCUUGGUGGAGGGAUGCUUCGAAGGUUACAAUGCAACUGUGCUGGCAUAUGGUCAGACAGGUGCGGGGAAGACUUACACGAUGGGCAGCGGAUUUGACUUGUCGGUAAGCGAUACUGAACUUGGCAUCAUUCCCCGUGCUGUCCGACAGCUCUUCAACACAAUCCAGGAAAGAACAUCUAGAGCCCUUGAAAAUGGACAGCCUGAACCCACCUUCAAAGUCAGUGCACAAUUUCUGGAGCUCUAUAAUGAAGAGAUAUUGGAUCUCUUUGAUGUUUGCCGCGACCCUGACUCUCGACAUAGAAAAUCCAACAUCCGGAUUCAUGAAGAUGCCAGUGGUGGCAUAUAUGUCAGUGGAGCAAGUACUCGUAGUGUCAUUUCUGAGGCUGAGCUUUUACAGUUGCUAAAGGAAGGUGCCCUCUCCCGUACCACUGCCAGCACCCAAAUGAACUCUCAGAGCUCCCGUUCUCAUGCAAUAUUCUCUGUCCAUGUACACCAAACACGAGUUGCUGAAUCAUGCCAAGCAGAUGCACCUUCUUCUUCUGUGGAGUAUGAAACCCUCACUGCAAAGUUUCAUUUUGUGGACUUAGCUGGCUCUGAGCGUUUGAAGAGGACAGGAGCUACUGGAGAGAGAGCAAGGGAAGGGAUCUCCAUCAACUGUGGCCUGCUUGCUCUGGGGAAUGUAAUCAGCGCUUUGGGCGAUCAGAGCAAGAAGGUUCUUCACAUUCCAUACAGAGAUUCAAAACUCACCCGACUUUUGCAGGACUCAUUGGGAGGUAACAGUCAGACCAUGAUGAUAGCCUGUGUCUCUCCAUCUGAUCGUGAUUUUAUGGAAACAUUAAAUACCUUGAAGUAUGCCAACCGUGCACGUAACAUCAAGAAUCGUGUGACAGCUAACCAGGAGCAGAGUGGUCAGCAAGUUCAGGCACUAAGGGCAGAGCUGGCUCGGCUACGCCUAGAACUACAGGAGUACAAAACUGGCCAUCGAGUUCCUGGGUCUGAUGCUUUAAGUGAUGUGUGUGAAGAAUUGUCUAUGCUACGAAGUGAAAAUGCAUCACUGCGCCUUCGUGUGGCUGCACUACAAGAAGCCAUCAGGGCUAUUAAUGCCCGUGUCACCCGCAUGGCUGGUCAAGAAGCAGCAAGAGUUUUACAAAGGGCUGGUGACAGUAAUGAAGAGAUACAGGCACUGAUACAGAACUAUAUACAUGAGAUUGAAGAACUGAGGACACGUUUAGUGGAGAGUGAAGCUAUGAAUGAAUCUUUGCGCCGUAGUCUAUCAAGGGCAAAUGCACGCUGUGUGAAUGGGGGACCUACCACCCCCACUCCAUCACUGGAAGCCCAGGUGAAUGACGUUGUCCGAAGAGCAAAGGAGGAAGUGCAGAUCCUACGAAAGAAAAUGAGCCCGGAAGUUAACAACUAUAAAAAGAGAGAAAAACACCACUUUGAAAACAGUGAAGAAACAGAUGGAAAUGAAGGAGAAGAGGAAGAUGAACAAGAAGAGAGUGAGUGUGAAGAGGAGGAGGAGGAGGAGGAGGAGGAGGAGGAAGAGAGUGAGGAAAGUGGAGAAAGCGAUGCUGGGUCUGACUCUGAACCUGAGGAUAAAGGAACUCUUGGAGGAGAUCUGGCAGACCUAACCUGUGAAAUUGAGAUUAAACAGCGCCUCAUUGAAGAGCUGGAACAGAGUCAGCGUCGGCUGCAGACUCUGAAACUUCAGUAUGAGGAAAAGCUUCAGCAGCUGCAGAACCGCAUUCGUGACACACAGCUGGAGAGGGACCGCGUGUUACGAGAACUUAGCACUAUGGAAUGUUAUACAGAAGAGAAAGCUAAUAAGAUCCGAGCUGAUUAUGAGAAGCGAUUGCGGGAGAUGAACAGGGACCUGCAAAAACUACAAUUGGCUCAGAGAGAACAUGCACGACUUCUCAAGAACCAAUCACGGUAUGAGCGUGAAUUACGUAAGCUACAGGGAGAGCUCAAUGAUAUGAAAAAAGCCAAGGCAGUACUAGUAAAACAGAUGCGUGAGGAGCAGCAGCGAAGAAAACUGGUGGAUUCCAAGAGGAAUCGAGAGAUUGCACAGCUUAAAAAGGAGCAGCGUAGGCAAGAGCUUCAGAUUAGAGCUCUGGAAUCACAGAAAAGGCAGCAGGAAAUAGUCUUAAGACGUAAAACUCAGGAGGUAUCUGCCCUUCGUCGUCUCUCUAGACCAGGCCAAGAUCGAUCCUCUAGUCGAAUGUCCUCAUUUCAAGAUUCUGGGGCAGAACUGUCUACAAGCACUACAUCAUCUGAGCCAGACAUGUUGUCACGCUCUGUGUCCAGCAUUGUGCGACAGUGGAACCGCAAAGCUGUGGUGGAACCAGGGCCUGUAACGAAUGGAAGCAGACCUGUGAGGAGAAAAGUUGGACGCCCAGGCCCUCCUCUUAGUAAAAGUGCUCGCGUAAAAUGGCAGACAUUAGAAAGGAGGGUUCAUGAAGUUGUUUUACACAGGCUUACGCUACUCAACCUGGAGAAUGACAUGGAAAGGCUCCUGAGAAAACGUGAGGAGCUUUCACUUCUGCAAGAGGCUUUGCUGAGUCGUACAGCCAUUCCCCCAGAGGCAGGUAAUGGAGAAGAUCGGGCACAUCAGGAUGUAGUAGAGGAACUGGAAGCCUUAACAGCGAAUAUAGACUAUAUUAAUGACAGUAUUCGAGAAUGCCAAGCCACCAUUGUACAGAUGGAAGAAACCAAGGAGGACCUAGACUCAACAGAUACUUCAGUGGUCAUCAGCUCUUGUUCACUGACAGAAGCACGACAUUUGCUUGACAAUUUUUUGCGUGCAUCUAUAGAUAAGGGCUUACAAGUGGCCCAAAAGGAGGCUCAGAUCCGGAUCUUGGAGGCACGAAUUAGACAGUCUGAUAUGGCCGGGUUCACGCACAGUCAGAUGCUGCUGGAAAAAUCAGAGUGCCAAUCCACGUUUAAUGGCCUCAAGCAAGCAGAGAAUGGAUAUGCUAGCACAGAUGAAGAGGUGUCAGAAAUCAGCCAAAUGUCCGAUGGAAGUGCCUCCUUUUCCUUUUCAAUGAAAGGAUCAAAUAGCCAUGAUGACUUUAAAUGGAAGGGGGAACCUCGCCUUUCAUGGCAAGUGAAGGCGGUCUCUGCAGAAUCUCUCAGCCCAUUACUUGAAGCCUCAACCAAAAAUAUCACCAAGUCCUUGGCAUCCCUGACUGAUAUUCUAGAGGAUGUUGGAGGGUAUUCUCCUAGUUCACUGCGGAGCAGAGGCUCACACAGUUUUACGCUGCCACUGCGGGGAAACACAUUUCCUAGGCAAUCCCGAGGCCCUAACACAUCUCCUUUAACACGCAGAAAAUCUUAUGACAGAGGACAGCCCAGCAGGUGCCCAGAUUUGACACCUCCAUCUUCGCCACCUAUGCGCCUUCGCAAUGACAAGAAUGUGUUUUCUCGCUUAACAAGUAAUCAGAGUACAGGGACAGCACUGGAUAAGUCUGAUGAGAGUGACUGCCCUUUCACAGAUGUCUCCAGGGGUGUAAUUAGUCCUGUUGGAGGGUUAAAGGGUACCAGAACAGCUCCUCUGCAAUGUGUAGCUACAGCUGAGGGCCACACAAAACCCGUCCUCUGUGUAGAUGCUACAGAAGAACUUCUGUUCACAGGAUCAAAAGACCGCACUUGCAAGCUAUGGAACUUGGUCACUGGUCAAGAAAUUGGUUCCCUCCGUGGUCAUCCACACAAUGUGGUAUCUUUGAAGCACAGUCCCAACACUGGACUUGUACUUACUGCAUCUGCUUCUUGUGUUCGGGUCUGGGAUAUUCGAGACUCUGCACGGUGUGUGCGGACGCUUAUGUCAUCCGGUCAAGUGGUAUCGGGGGAUGCAUGCUCAGGUCUGGUUCUGCGCUCUAUGAGCAGUCAGGGAGAACUGCAGAUUAACCAGAUUGCUCUAAAUUCCGAUGGAAGCACUUUGUAUGUAGCAGCCGGGAAUGCAGUGAGAGCCUGGGAGCUGAGCAGGUUUCAGCUCAUUGGGAAACUAACGGGUCACAUGGCUCCAGUCAUGUGUCUGACAGUCAGCAACACACCGAAUGGGCGAGACCUAGUUAUCACCGGAUCCAAAGAUCAUUAUGUGAAGAUAUUUGAAUUGCACUCUGGGUGGGGAGGCAGCAUUCCUCCUACCUACAAUUUGGAGCCUCCACAUUAUGAUGGCAUUGAGUGCUUGGCUGUACAGGAUAACAUCUUGUGCAGCGGUUCCAGAGACAAUGGAAUCAAGAAGUGGGACCUACAGCGGCAUGAGCUCAUACAGCAAGUUCCAAAUGCACACAGAGAUUGGGUUUGUGCUUUGGGCUUUGUGCCAGGACGUCCUAUGAUGCUCAGUGGUUGUCGCAGUGGCACUCUGAAAGUCUGGAAUAUGGAAAAUUUCUCACCUAUUGGAGAAAUUAAAGGCCACGAGAGUCCAAUCAACGCUAUGUGUGCCAACAGCCGUCACAUCUUUACCGCAUCCAGUGACUGCCGGGUCAAGCUUUGGGUCUAUGUUCCUGGUCUUACUCCGUGUCUCCCAAGACGUGUUCUGGCAAUCAAGGGCCGAGCCACUAGCCUUCCGUAACCUGUCCAUCUUUCACCUUCCCAUCUUUUUUCCUACUGCCCCUUUUAUACCAGCGUCCCUCCACUCUGUUAAUUUAAGGUACGGGACACUCAUCUCCUUAACAUGAGUGUUUUGACAAUUCAGACAGCUUAGUCUGUCUACAAUACCUCUGCUACUUGUUACCAGAUUUAAUAUACAAAAAACAAAUUCAGAAAGUUCUCAUGACCUCUGACCUUGCAGUGAUCUCGUGGUGAAGAUAUGGAGUGGGAGAAGACGUUUUGCCUGGACUAGGUGACCCUAAUGACCUCUGGAGCUCAACAGGGUUUAGUAAAAGCAGGGUUAAAAGACCAACGAUGAUGAAGAUACUUUAUUUAUUUCAUCAAAGGAGGAGCGCACAGUUUGUCAUGACAAGGAAAACCUGUUCUCUACUCGACUUUGCACUACCUCUGUAAUUAAUAUGAUACACUAUUAUACACCAUUCAAGCCUAUGUAGUGUUACUGUAUUUUUGGGAAAAAUAGAAGGACAAAAUGGAAGGUCAACGCUUACAAGAGAACACUAUAAAAACUGAAAAAAGAUUAGAGCCUAGUGCAUCAAACUUCUCCCAGCAUGCUCCACUUCUACAAGAACUCUGCCCCCUUUUAUGUACUUGAAAUAAUGUCUACUUUGCCUUACUGUGUUUCUUUAGUAUGUUCUUACUAUGAAGCAGCACUUUCCAUCCCCUGUGAAAGCACACUCCGACUUAGCUGCCAGAUACAAAUGAUCAAAUACUGUAUAUGUUCUUUAUUAAAUGACUGAAUAUAGCUAAAUCUACUGGAAAUAGAGUGGGAAAGAGGAAAGGAGGUUAACUUAAUGACAAUUCAAAUGUAUACCUCUAAACAUGCUACCUCUUAAGCUUCACAUUAACAUGCUACAUAUGACCCACUUAGAAAUAUAAGUUGACAAUGAAGGCUGUACUGGCAGCAAGGGUUAUGUUGCUCUGUAUAAAGUGUUAAAUAAUUUUAUUUAAAGCACAAUUUCUACAUUUUGUCUGUGAGUGCCAAGUGUUCAUGUGUCAAUAAAGAUUAAACUGGAAUAAAGAAUUAGCACAAAAAAGUUUCAGUGGAAAUCUGUGUUUAAUAAAAAUUUAUCUGGUA